UAUAAAUCUUAGAAUCUCAGCCCAGCCCUCUACUUAAUUAGUUCCUACCUUAGCUUGUUGUUUUUGUGUGUUAGAGAUAUGGCAACUUCAUCAGUUCUUUCAACAAUGGCCAAAAGACUAGAAGGGAAGGUUGCACUGAUAACGGGAGGAGCCAGCGGCAUUGGAAAAUGCACGGCGAAGCUUUUCUCCGAGCACGGUGCCAAAGUGGCCAUCGCCGACAUCCAGGAAGAUCUCGGCAGCGCCGUCGUCGACUCCCUCGGCGGGCCCUCCAACUCCACCUACCUCCACUGCGACGUCACGAACGAGGAACACGUCCGAAACGCCGUCGACAAGACCGUGGAAACCUUCGGAAAGCUCGACAUCAUGUUCGCCAACGCGGGGAUCGCGGACGAUAACAAACCCCGCAUCGCCGACAACGCCAAGGCCGACUUCGAGCGCGUGCUCAGCGUCAACGUCACCGGCGUCUUCCUAGGCAUGAAACACGCGGCGCGCGUCAUGGUCCCGGCCCGCCGCGGCUGCAUAUUGUCGACCUCGAGCGUGAGCUCAACCCUCGCCGGCGCCGCAUCUCACGCUUACGCGGCGUCGAAGCACGCGGUUUUUGGGCUGACGAAGAACCUGGCGGUGGAGCUUGGGCAGUUCGGGAUACGCGUGAACUGCGUGUCGCCGUACGCGAUGGCGACGCCGCUGGCGACGAAAUUCGUGGGCGUUAACGAUGAAGAUUUGGAGAAUACGAUGAACACGCUCGCGAAUCUUAAGGGCGUGACUCUUAAAGUUGACGAUGUUGCAAGUGCGGCUCUUUUCUUGGCCAGUGAUGAAGCUAAAUAUAUCAGCGGUCAUAACUUGUUCAUCGACGGCGGGUUUAGUAUCCACAACUCCGCAUUCCGCAUAUUUCAAUAUCCUGAAUCAAAUUAACUAUCAUUACUCUCACAGUCUCACUUUUUGCUUUACUUUUUAUUCUCUUUUUAUGACAUACUUAAGUUCAUAAAAGAAAUGGAUCAUAUUUUCUUUUUAA